CCACCGUCUGUAGACUGUCACCUGCCAUCGUCUCAGCAGCUGUCGUCGACGCUCUCUGCGACCGCAAGGAGAACAUCAAUUGCUCUCUCUGUGUCAGUCGCUUCUCGGCCCUGAGUUGUUCACAUCCGAUGAGAAUGGGCUGUGGCAAUUCCGACUGAUUCGCUUCACCCGUCUUCUAUAGUUGCCCAAAUUCCCGUCGCCGGAAGGAAAUGCCGUUCGGAUCGGAAAAUGGACCGGGACACUGACCUUCCGGUACCGCCCGCCCCUGUGGCCGCUAGGAAUCCCAUCCGCGGCCCAAUUACCAACCUGGAAACCACAUCUUCUUCUUCUUCCUCCUCCUCCUCCUCCGCCGAGCCGUCACUUUUCCGGCAUGUUCAAGCUGCUUUCAAGCGCCACCGCUCCCUUGGUAUAAUGCAGGCAGAUGGUAUCAGGCCCCGACGCAUGCCCCAACGACAGGCAAUUAGAAAUUCAUCUGCCAAUGUGAUGCCCACGAUCAACACCGGCUCGCAUGAUGUCACUUCCUUGAGUCAGGAUCAAACUGCAAUGAAGAACCCAGAUGCGAGUGUUCGAGAUAUGCAGGAAGAUUUAUCAGUUACACCUCCUUCCAUUUCAGAAACCAUAUGUAAACCUUAUGAUCAUAAUUUCAAGUCACUCGAGGCACAGAGAGAACAGCCAAAACGUGCAGUUCAUUUUAAGGACUAUUGCUCGAUGCCCCUGUCAGCAUCUCAUGUGGAGCCUAAACAUGAUGUUACGAAAAGAAGCGAACAAUUCGGUGUAACUAAGACCGGUACUACCCAGGGGCCAGAUGAUCAAGUGGCCAAUGUAUUGGACAACUUGUCUUCUCACUUGAAUUCACUUGCAUUGACAGAAAUGGAGUGGGAUGUAUGCAAUCGAGUUGAAGUAUUAAAUGUUAUCCAUGAUGAACCCAAGCAUCUCAACUUUCAGAACCUGGAUUAUGAUGCCAGUGGCAAGUCUGAUGCUGCCUUCUCGUUUUCAUCAAACGGAGCAAUUGCUAUCAAGGAUCAAUUGCCUCAAUGGAGAAACUUUUUAAGUCAACCGGCCACUCAAUCUUCAGUUGUAGGUACAACAUGUGCCACCACAACAUCUGUGCAUUCUACUUCCGCACCAAUGCUAAAUUCCACAACCUACAGUUCACAGCCACUUCUCGAUUGUGGUUCUCAUGCGGCAAUUGAACCCCCGAGAGAAGGUCAUAUGAGUUCUCAGCGUGCAGCUGAAGGAAAUUUGGAGGAUUCUUCAAAUUCCUUGGUGAAGGGCACAAGUAGGAUGUUAAUUGACAAUGCAGCCAUUUCUAUCCAAUCUUCUAGCUGUGUAAUGGACGCAAAAGUUGAGGAACAUCAGCGGCUUCGGGAUCAACAGAAGGCCCAAAAGGAAAGUGUGGUUCUGGGUAAUCCUUUUCAUGUUGACGAAAAGGGGAAUAAGGAGGGACAACCAUCUGGUUCUGUUGCUAAUGUGCACUUUGAGAGCCAGGUUUCUGUGAACCCCUCAUUAGAUGUAAAGUUGGAGAAAAAUGGAAAUCAAGAAAAGGUUACUAGCCGCACUGGCACAUCAGGUCCUCGUAAGAGAAAUAGUGACCCUGAUGCAUUUUUUGUAGUUAAUGGUACGCGCUAUCAGAAACUUGGUAAGAUUGGUAGUGGUGGAAGCAGUGAGGUUCACAAAGUAAUUUCUGCUGAUUGUACAAUCUAUGCACUCAAGAAAAUCAAACUGAGAGGACGUGAUUAUGCAACAGCAUACGGGUUUUGUCAGGAAAUUGAGUAUCUAAACAGACUAAAGGGAAAGAACAACAUCAUACAGCUGAUAAACUAUGAGGUGACAGAUAAGAAAUUGCUACAAGAUGUGAUCAAUGGCUCCAUCAGUAACAAGGAUGGCAAAGUCAAGGAUGAUGCAUGUAUAUAUAUGGUUCUUGAGUAUGGAGAAAUUGAUUUGGCUCACAUGCUGUCCCAGAAAUGGAAGGAAAUGGAUGACUCAAGUCAGACUAUAGAUCAUAAUUGGCUUAGAUUUUACUGGCAGCAAAUACUUCUUGCUGUUAAGACCAUCCAUGACGAGCGCAUAGUGCAUUCUGACCUGAAGCCAGCCAAUUUCCUUCUUGUUAAAGGUUCUCUAAAGUUGAUUGAUUUUGGCAUUGCCAAAGCAAUCAUGAGUGAUACAACCAACAUCGUGAGGGACUCACAGGUUGGUACUCUUAGCUACAUGUCCCCCGAGGCAUUCCUGUGCAACGAGUUAGACGCGAAUGGAAACGUCAUAAAAUGCGGCCGAUCAUCAGACAUUUGGUCCCUCGGCUGCAUACUGUACCAAAUGGUAUACGGGAGAACGCCCUUUUCCCAGUACAAAGCCUUCUGGUCGAAAUUGAAAGUCAUAACUGACCCGAAUCAUGAGAUAACUUAUGAACCCGUCUCCAAUCCUUGGCUACUUGACCUCAUGAAGAAGUGUCUCACUUGGGAUCAACACAAAAGGUGGAGGAUCCCUCAGCUACUAAAACACCCCUUCCUCGCUCCCCCGGCUGCUGCUCCUGCUCCACAGCCUUCAUUGUCUGAGCAACAGGGCUUUAAGCUGCUUCAACUUGUUGCUGAAGCCUGCUCUGGCGACCACGAGGCCGCUACGUUCUGCAGCGAACUCCAACAGUUGCUGAGUGCUCCAGUGGCUCCUGAGUUGUUGACAUCACGGGCUCAACAGCGUAGCGUGCUUGGUAACAUGACCAGGCUUUGCGGCAAGAUUGAGGAAUGCUUGAUGAAACUGGAGAAAGACUAGAGGUUUGUUUAUAGAGCUUUUUGUUGUCCUGUUUGUAUAUGGAAGUGAAAAGGCAAAAUGUAUUGAUGUUCUACUUCUACCAUCAGUCUAUCUAUCUUCUCCGUUCGCUUAUGAUUUUUGUUUAUGUAUAUGAAUACCUCUAAGGGGCUUGUGUUUUCUGGUUCCCUUUUUUUGCCUCAUGUUAUUGAAUCCCC